GCGGGACGCGCGGCGCGCGGUUGAAGCCGGAGUGAGUUCCUGGGUGCGGAGACCCGGCGGCCGGCGGGCGAGCGACCGCUUCCCCCGCAGCCAUGGCAGCCCUACGCUAUGCGGGCCUGGAUGACACCGACAGCGAGGACGAGCUGCCCCCGGGCUGGGAGCAGAGGACCACCAAGGACGGCUGGGUUUACUAUGCCAAUCACACUGAGGAGAAGACCCAGUGGGAACAUCCAAAGACUGGGAAAAGAAAGCGAAUCGCAGGAGAUUUGCCCUAUGGAUGGGAACAAGAAACUGAUGAGAAUGGACAAGUGUUUUUUGUCGACCACAUAAACAGAAGAACCACCUACCUGGACCCCAGACUGGCGUUCACCGUGGACGACAACCCCACGAAGCCGACCGCCAGGCAGAGAUACGACGGCAGCACCACGGCCAUGGAGAUCCUCCAGGGCAGAGACCUCAGCGGCAAAGUGGUCGUGGUGACGGGGGCGAACUCGGGGAUCGGUGGGUGUCAGCUGGCAGCCGUGACGGUUGCUGCUGUUCUGUCGCGUGCACGAUGA